UUAAAAGAUUCACAUAAGAUUUGUUAUUCAUACAUUUAAUCCGUAGAGAACAAAAAAUUUGAUUUACUUUAUAAUAGUUAUUAAUCAUCAUGGUGAAUAAUCUGAAACCUGAAUGUUCCUUUGCAUCAUGGUAUCCUCAAUUUCGUAAAGAUUCUUUAAAUGCUACCAUUCUUGAUAUUCCUGAAGAAGUACUUAAAUACUUGGAGCAUGAUGCAUUUAUAUUACCUAUAGAAGCUACAAAUUCUGGCUUGCAAAACCCUGAGUGGUUAGAUGGUUCUCCAGUGAUAAACGAAGAGCAGUCACUUGAUUUUCAACCAACAUUCCCACAAUUUAGUAAAAAGAUCCAAGAUGUCAUAGAUGAAUAUGAUGCAGUUUUCAUUAAGAGUAAUUGGAGUUCACCUUUGGAUGCAACUUGGGUUGCACCAACCAAAACUCUUAAAUGCAAAACAUUGGAGGAAGUAUAUUUGCUAUUGAAAAGUUCAGACAGAAUUGCAAAAGAUUUAAGCAAUGUUAAAAAUUACACAAAUAAUGAAAAUUCGUUGACACCGUGUAUAAUAUUGAAACAAUGGCGAGAUAUUAAUCCUUGUACAGAAUUUCGAUGUUUUGUUGUAAACAAUGAACUUACAGCGAUCAGUCAACGAGAUAUAUCACAAUACCAUAGCUACAAUGAUUCAGAAAAAUUUAAUAUUCAGACAGAUAUCAAGAGUCUAUUUAUGGAACGUAUUAAAGACAGAUUUCCACUGAAUCACUAUUCGUUUGAUGUUAUUCGUUUUAAAAAAGAAAAGGUAAAAAUAAUCGAUUUUGGUCCUUUGGAUGAGUCUGCUACCAAAGGAACUCUUUUUACUUAUGAAGAAAUACAAAAUGAAAUAAAGCAUAUACCAGAAUUCAGGUUUAUAGGCGAGGAAAUUGGUAUUCAACCAAAAGCUCCAAAUCAUAUUUGUGUUCCACAAGAAGUAAAUGAAUUUUUUACCUCUAAUGAAAGUUCCUCGUUAUUAGACAUUAUUCAACAAGAAGUAGCAAGUCAACAGAAAGAAUCUGAAAGCAAAACCUGAUGUGUAUUUAGAAAAAGGAUUGUACGUAUGUAACGACUAUUUGAUAUUUUAAUUUAUUAUUGUUAUUUAUGUUUUAUUAAAGAAAACGGUUUUGUAAAAAAGAAAAGAUGUUACGUUUUGAAUUAGUCUCAAGUUCACAAAAAAAAGUUAAUCCAGUGAACAAUAAAUAAAGAAAUGUACACCUUGGGAACAUUUUUAAAUACAGAACUUUCACUUUUA